GAAGAAAAACGUACUUCCGCAUAAAUAGGAAUUUAACGGCUAAGACGGACAUUCAUGAUAGAAAUACAUCUGUAAUUGUGCACUUUUUAAGAAUAAGUAUAAAGCUAAACCGCUGUGAUGAACUCGCUGGUGGGAUACGGAGUUUCAUCCGAGUCGGAGGGGGAAGAGGAGCCGCAGAGCGGAGCGGAAAAGAAUGAGGAGAAGGAGACCAAACAGCAGAAAUCCUGCAAUUUCCUGUUGGGAUCUGGAUCAGCUUCCAGUGAGUCCGGUUCAGAAUCUGAGCGAGAGGAAGCGCAAGGUCCUCCAGUGAGCGUUCAGUCGCCCUCGGUGCUCCCGGUUCCUCCCACAGCCGGUUCUGCUUCCAACAAGCUGCCUUCGCCCGCUCUGGGCGGGUUCUGCGUUGUGGCUGACAGCAGUGUGUUUGCGAAUCCGUUUAAAGAACGAGCAGAACAGAAACUCAACGUGCUCCAGAAACACGUCCCGCUGACGUGCCACGCCCGGCCCACGCACAUCGGUGGCAAGAGGGUGUGUGUGGCCUACAGGAAAGAUGGCCGGUGCCGGUUCGGAAUCCGUUGUAAGUUCGCACACGACAGCGACCUGCAGCAGAACACAGCAGAACCUUCUGUCUCGGACUCGAAUCACGGUGCAACACACACACCGGCCUGCAGGGAGUCAGCUGUAGAGGGGGGCGGAGAAGACGAGGAGGAGAAUCGGAGCAGUAGGAAGAAGCACCGAGUGGGAGUGAGCGACAGUCUCAUCCCUCCCAAACGGGCGCUGAAGCAGUACGCCAAGCAGAGGAACAUCAUCUCACACGAAGACGGGGUGUGAGGAAUAAGAUCUGAACUCAGGGUGUGUGUGAGGUGCUGUGUGAAGGGUUGCUGUUUUGUCCAGGGUGUUCUUAGCAGAUGGUUCUCAAUACAAGAUAACUCCUCCGCCGAGACCGACCGAGAGGCCGCGGCUCCUCCGCCGAGACCGACCGAGAGGCCGCGGCUCCUCCGCCGAGACCGACCGAGAGGCCGCGGCUCCUCCGCCGAGACCGACCGAGAGGCCGCGGCUCCUCCGC